AUGCUCGUGACUUCGCAUUUUAAAGUCCGUAUUUGUGGUUGCAAAACAAAAGUCACCCCCAAAUUUGACCACAUCAUAACGAUAAAACCAUCACAAACGAUGCUGUCAAUAGAUAUCCAGCAGAAUGACUACAAGACAUUAACCCAAACGUAUAUGGGAUUUUUUAAUUCUAAACAAUUUACAAACUUCCUAAAUACAACUCAAACAGGAUCAGCUCAUUCAACAUCAGGGAUUGAUUUUUCAGUGUUUAUGAAGACGUUAUUCACUUCCAUAUGUUUCUGUACCAUUCAGCUAACAUUGUUUUGCUUAUUGAGAUCAGUCUUCAAAUUUCUUUACCAACCACGAUGUUUUUGCGUCCCUGUCAAUGAAAGAAUGGAGGUGUUACCACGAGGAUUUUUAAAGUGGGUGGUGCCAACUUUGAAAAGUAGUAUCAACACAUAUUUGUCACUAGGGUUGGAUGCAUAUUUCUUCAUCAGGUUUAUCUCAGUUUUGUCACUAUUUUUCCUUUUUAUUGGAUCAUUGAAUAUGAUAAUUUUAAUUCCAAUCAAUUUCACCAGUAGUGAUGCCCAAUACACUGCAUCAGGAUUGGAUAAACUAAGUCUUUCUAACAUUUCAAAAUCCAACGUUACCAAAUUGAAUGCUCAUUUUGUCAUGGGUCUUCUUACUAUAGGUUUAUUCCAUUGGUUGAUCAUAUACGAGUUUCAAAGUUUUGUCACCAUCCGACAAUCCUAUUUAUUGUCCGAAUCACACAGGAGUUCAAUCAUGGCAAGAACUUUGUUGAUAUUUAAUGUCCCCCCUUACUUGCAAGAUAAGACCAUACUCAAAGACUUGUUUCAACUGGUUCCUGGGGGUGUACGAAAUAUCUGGCAUGUGUACAAUUUCGAAACAAUAGAUCACCAAGUAGGAAAAGCUCGCGAUGCAUUAAUGUAUUUGGAAAGGUCUCAAAUGCUGAUAAUGACAAAGUACUACCGCUCAAGCUGGUUGAAGCUGAACAUUGAUGCUAAAAAGUUUUUGCAACAAACAGAUAUCAAAUUCUAUCCUCCCAUAUAUUGCAGGCUGAUCAAAAUCCCUCAAGUUGAUCGUUGUAUUCAAUUGAAGUUUCCUGGUUGGAUAAGGGUAUUUGCUUUUCAAAAAAGGGUAUCGAUGGUAACGUGGUCGUUAGAAACAUUGACCAAGUGUCAAGCCGUAAUCGAUGAAGAAAACUCAAAAUUAGUAAACAAUGACUUGAAAAAACACAACAAGGUGUUUAUUGAAUUCGAAGAUCAAAAAGGCGCAUGCAUCGCUCACCAGACCCUUCUUUCACAAAGUCAAGGUUGUUUAGAUAAAACAUUAAUUGAAGUUCACCCCGAUGAUGUCAUAUGGAGAAACAUCUCCCGUACCGAUGGUACUGUUUGCAAGUUUGAAAAAUACUUGGUGACUUUGAUAUUUGUCACUGUCGUUGUCUUGUAUGUGGUUCCUGUAUCGUUAAUUGGUUUAGUCUCACAAAUACCUUUGCUUACAAAGCUUAUGCCCUUUCUCAAUUGGAUCUAUCAACUCCCUGAAGAGGCAAGAGAAACAAUAUCGGGCUUUCUCCCAUCAAUCCUUCUCACCAUACUCACUGAAAUGGUCAUGAUGCUAUUCCGAUUUCUAUCUUAUUUCAAAGGGAAAGCUACAGGAAGCGAAAUUGAAAUGGAUUUACAACGUUGGUAUUUUGCAUUUUUGUUUGUCCAGCAAUUUCUUGUCGUCACGAUUCUGUCAAGUGUGACCGUGAUUUGCAGACAAAUCAUUGACCAACCUACUUCCAUACCAGUCUUACUAGCGACAAACUUGCCCAAAUCAGCAACAUUCUUUUUCCAGUAUAUUUGUCUCCGAGCUUUUGCCCUUUGUGGAAAUAGUUUUCUUAGAAUCAAACAAUUGGCGUUGACCAACACAUGGUACAAAUUGAUUGAUAUCACACCACGACAAAAGUUUACCAGAAUCACCACUCUUCCGGAAAUCAAGUGGGGCACCACAUUCGCAGUGUACUCAAUAUACGCCUGCAUUGGCAUCUCAUAUUCAAUUAUAUCUCCACUCAUUUCCAUCUUUAUCAUCUUUUUCCUAAACUUGUCAAUAUUGUACUACAAGUAUGCUUUGAAGUACGUAUUUAGUCACAUAAAUCGUUCGGAAACCAUGGGAAGACUAUACCCAAGCGCAUUGUUGCACUUGUACGUUGGAAUUUACUGCCUUGAAUGCUGCUUGAUUGGAGUAUUUUUUGUUCUGAAAGAUUCACGGGGCGCAUAUCCUUUGAAAUACCAGGGGUUUAUUAUGACGUGGGUUUUGUUUUUCACAAUUUUUGCAAACACAUUGAUCUAUAAUCGUUACAUCCCAUAUUUUUCAAACUUGCCCAUUCUAUCCGACAAAUUGUAUAGAGUCGAUAAAAAGACCGAAACCUCUGCCACAAGCACAAAGAUUGAGACCAAUCAUGACAUGUUAUUUUUACACCCGGCAUUUAAAUAUGAACCUCCUAAAAUUUGGCUACCAAAAGACCCAAAUGGGUUCAGCCAGUUGCAGCUUGAACACUUACGAUCAAAAAUGACAACUAUAGCAGGACAAACAGAAGGUGCAUAUGCAUCAUUGGGCAGACUAUUGAGUCUAAAAGUUGUUGUUUCAGAUGCUCCACCAGACUAUAAGUGA